CAAUUUUUAAUAUUCCCUUUCAUUCAUUCAUUAAACUUUCCUCAAUCGUUCGGAUCACAUCGCCCCUAUCAUAGUUAUGGCAACGAACACAAUCAAGCGUCUGGUGAUUUGCUGCGACGGUACCUGGAUGGACAGUGAUGACGGAUUCAAGAAACCAACAUUGAUCCCAUACCAGCCAACUGGUGUUCUCCAAGUUCCUUCGAAUGUCACGAGAAUCAGUCGAGCUCUCAGAAGAACGGGACUCGAUGGCAUUCCUCAAAUCAUCUACUACCACUCCGGAGUUGGCACAGGUUCUAGUAAGGUGGACAUGCUCACGGGAGGUCUACUUGGAAUAGGAAUUUCUGAGAACAUUCGUGAAGUGUACAGUUUCAUCGCUGCCAAUUACACCCCAGGCGAUGAAAUUGUUCUCAUUGGUUUCAGUCGAGGAGCUUUCACUGUCCGCAGCGUGGCUAGUAUGAUCAGAGAUAUCGGACUGCUGACCCGUACCGGAAUGAACGAUUUUUACCCCAUCUUUAAAGACCAGCAGAACUUCAAGAACGAGAGAUAUCGGGACAUAUUCCCAGAUAUUCCAUUCUCGAAUAAGCCAUCUGGACCCAACGCUGUUCACGAGUACAAGGAAAGACUCGAGCGAGACGGCUUCACCAGAGUCCGCGAUCCCAAUGGCAACAGAAUUAUGGUUCAUGCAGUCGCAGUCUGGGAUACUGUCGGUUCUCUCGGUAUUCCAAACAUUUCACUGUUUGCCAAACUUGGACUUCCUCAUUCGACGAUUGAGUACAAAUUCUUCGACACCAAUCUCUCAGGCAACAUCAGACAUGCUUUUCAAGCUCUGGCUCUUGAUGAGCGUCGAUCGCCAUUCAAGGCAGCUGUUUGGGAGAGAGCAGAUUCGCGGCAAACGACAGUUGACUUGCGACAAGUCUGGUUUCCUGGAGCCCAUUCUAAUGUUGGUGGGGGUUACGAUGACCAGGAGAUUGCGAAUAUUACUCUUGCCUGGAUGAUGGACCAGCUCGCAUCGAUUGGAAUAGCGUUCCAAGACGAGUACAUCGACAAAGUAUUCAUCCAGAAUGUUCGUUACUACGAGAACCCUCCAAAACAACAAGCCAAGCUCUCAAAUAUGAUCUCCCGCACUCCACAAUGGGCAGUAGACCCAAUCUAUGAGAAGCAUAAGCCUGUUCGUCCCUGGGGUCUCGGCAAGAUUUGGGACUCAAAGACGAGUUUCUGGCAUCUGAGCGGAACAGCAUGGCGAACGCCGGGACUCAACAUGCGAGCAAACCCCGACACUGGCCUCCUCACGGACGUUCCCAUGCGAGACACAAAUGAGCGUAUUCAUAGCUGUGUCCGUGUUCGGCUUGAGCUCGAUGGACUAGGUCUCGACGAUAAAGGACUUUAUGAUCCUCAAGCACUGAAUAAGUACUGGAGACUUCGUCAAAUUCCCCUCAAAGUCCAUGACCCCAUCCCUUACAACGCAUCUUGGGGCCCCGGAGCCCCUGGCCCAGAGGGUCCUGGUCCGAGAGAGCUCCGUUGGGUGUGGGAAUACAUUGGCCCAGAGGAAGACGCACCAGUCGAGCGAUAUAUGGUAGAGGAAACUCUUGGCCCGUACGAGCGUAAGCUGCUCUUGCUGAACAAAGGCCGUAAAUUCUACAAGCGUUUUCGACGACGAAAACGCCGCAGCCGUCCAGAAGACGACUAUGACCACGGUCAAUACGACAUAGAAGGCGAUCUCGUGGAGGACAAAUCCGCACCUCCAAUCCGCAGCAGCCAGACUCGAAGUAGCAGGAGCGGCACCGGAACCGGAACCGAGAGGCGGCGGGGGAGGAAGGACCGACCGAUCACAAUCGCUGGAAGCGAGGAUCUGGAAAACUAUAGGCUUGUCGGUGAGAAAGCGGGCAUGAGGGUGAGACCGGCGAGUGUGCUUCUUGAUAGAGAGAGAAGCAAUGUCAGGGGAGGUGGCGAGAAGGUUGUUAGGAGACCGGUUUCCGUGGCGUACAGUCCUAGUGUUAGUAGUGAAGACAGUCUGGUGGAUGUGGAUGAGAGGGAGGUUAGAGAGAGGUUGAGAGAGAAGGAGAAGGGAAGGUAUAGAGAUCGGGAUAGGGAGGAAGAGAUUCUCGUUGAGAAGAGAAGGGAGAGUAGAGCGCCUAGUCGUGCUCCAAGUCGUGCUCCGAGUAGAGCUCCAAGCAGGGCACCGAGUAGAAUACCCGACAGAGAAAGAGAGCGAGAUAGAGAGAGGGCUUAUGAGGAGAUUGUCGUUACGGAAGAGCUUGACGACAGACCUCCGAGGGAAUCGGGCAGAUUUGUGGGGAGGGAGAAUGGGAUCGCGAAUGGGAACCGGGGGAGUUUUGUGGAUGGGAGGAGGUACUGAUUUGUACUGAACAUUGCUGUGGAACGUAAGGCGAGAAACCCGACGUUGGUAGUACCGGUGGUACAAUAGGUCAGACGCUGUGUAUUGUAUACUCUGGGCUGGAUUACUUGGUGGGCGGGUGGUACGGUAUGUCUUGGGCGGGAUCCACAGCGUGGGCUUUGGCAUGGGCUGGUGUGACUUUGUGGGAAAGGCCCCGGCGUGUAUCAUCUUGUGUUUGUGUGGAUUAAUACAAGUAUUCCAGUAGAAUUUGGAUGGAGUGUAUGCUAUGCAGAAAUCUAGGACGGAUGCUAUCCGAGAACGGAAUGGAAAUAGAAUGGCAUGUAAGGAAGUAAGGUGGUCAUGGAGAAAGAAGGGGUUAUGCUUACUGGUUUGUUCUCAAAUAAAUAGGUACCAUAUAUCGCUGUUCUGUU